UAGCGUGUGAACAGGACUUUUAUUUUGGUCUGCCCAUGUGACGCCAUAAGGCGGCGCCGCGCUCCUGCUUCUGUUGUGAUUCGGCUGAAGAAAGAAAAACGCCUGGUGAAGAGACUGUGAGACACACACUAUCAUAAAGAUGGCGUUUAUCAAAGAGGAGAGUGAAGACAUGAAGAUUGAAGAAACAUUUAAACAUGAAGAAACAGACCUGAUGGCACUGAAAGAGGAGAGUCAAGAACUGAACGAAACGGAAGAGAAGGAUCCGUAUCAGGAAGGUCAUGUUUUCAUAACUGGAAACAAAAAAUCAACACAGACUGAAAAGAGUUCCUCACAAAAAAGAGCCCAGAAGAAAUCUUACAGGUUUAGCACCUGCCCUCAGUGUGGAAAGAGCUUCAGUCGGAAACGAAACCUUGAAGACCACCUGAGAAUUCACGCGGGAGAGAAACCCUACACGUGUCAGCACUGUGGGAAGAGCUUCACUCAGAAAGGCAACCUUAAAAACCACAUGAGUAUUCACACCGGAGAGAGGCCUUUCACCUGCCAACAGUGUGGAAACAGCUUCACUCAAAAAGUACACCUUAAAAAACACAUGACGAGGCACACCGGAGAGAAGCCGUUCACAUGUGAUCAGUGUGGGAAGAGCUUCACACAUAAAGACACGCUCAGCUCCCACAUGAGAAUCCACUCGGGAGAGAACGGCUGCAUAUGCCAUCAGUGUGGGAAGAGCUUCAGCCAUAAAGUUAGCUUCAAGACUCACAUGAGACUUCACACGGGAGAGAAGCCGUACACCUGCUCCGAGUGUGGACAGAGCUUCAGAUAUAAACCAUCCCUUGAUGUCCACAUGAGAGUUCACACCGGAGAGACGCCUCACACCUGCAGACUGUGUGGGAAGAGCUUCACACAGAAAGGCUCUCUGAAGACUCACAUGGACAUUCACACGGGAGAGAAGCCCUUCACGUGUGUUCAUUGUGGAAAGAGUUUCAGACGUAAAGUAACCCUGAAGUACCACGUGAGGAUUCACUUUAGGAGAGAACUGUUCUAGAUCAUCAGUGUGGAACACCUUAACUGUAAAGAGGGCAUCGGAAAAUUAAUUUAUUGCUAUUUUUUUUAUUAGGACACAAUAAAACAGGACUUUUAUUUUUUAUUUUAAAGGGAUAGUUCACCCCCAAAAAUGAAAAUUUGCUGUUAAUCUUCUCACCCUCAGGUUAUCCAAGAUUCAUAAAAUGUUAGUAUUUUUACGUAUAGUGUGGUUCUACCAAAAGUACAUUUACUUUUCAUACACACUGAAACGUACAAUAUUGACAGCAUAAAAACACAAUUUUGAACAACUUAAUAUAGGUACAAAUGCGCACGUUUAUUUAUGAAUAAUAAAAUCAUGGCAUUAAUGUU